AUGGGCAGAAGAUCAAAGACUAAACAACCUCCUCCACCUUCGUUUGACGAGUUUGUCAAGGACAAGGAGAGCUCAACUUCUGGAUCCAAUAUCCGCAGUAAAAAGCGACGUGCCGAGACCAAGAAGGAAGAAAAAAAUAACACCAAGAAGCCUAAAAAGCGUGAAGCAACAGCCGAUAGUGAAGAUGAAAAGCCAGCAAAGAAGCUGAAAGCACAGAACGGAAAGACUUCCGAGACUUCAACUGACAAGAAAAAGGCUAAGAAGGAGAUUAAGGCCAUUGAAGCGACACGAAAGAGUCUGUUUGACAAGAGCGAUGACGAAGACGAAGAAGAGCUGGAGGAUGAUGAGUUUGAUGAGGAUGCCCUCAAUAACGCCUCUGAUGUCGAUGAGGAAGCUGCCAUUGGAGACGAAUUUUACGAUUCUGACGAAGAACGCAACCGACCUAAACCCAUGUUCUCUGACGAUGAGGAUGAGGGUGAGGGUGCAGCCGAUCUUGAGGCUCUCAAUGAAAAGGCCAUCUCGCAGGCCUUUGCCGGAUCCUCUGAUGAGGAAAACAGCGAAGACGAAAUCUUUGCUUCUUCCGAUGAAGAGGGUGAAGAAGAUGAAGAAGAUAAUGAGCGUACCGAAAACCCUCGUGCGCAAAUUCUGCCAAAGUCUGUUGAUGGUGAGGCCCAGGACUUCCCUCAAGACUUGAACAUGAUCCGUACCCGAAUUCUGGAAAUCGUCAAGGUCUUGGAGUCCUUUAAGGAACUUGCAGAGGAAGGCCGCUCGCGUGCAGAGUAUGUCGAACAACUGCUUUCCGAUAUUUCCUCAUACUAUGGCUACACCCGGUUCCUUGCAGAAAAGCUCUUCAACCUCUUUUCACCUGCAGAGGCCAUUGAGUUCUUUGAAGCAAACGAAGUCCCCAGACCCGUCACCAUCCGUGCAAACACCCUACGCACUCGUCGCCGUGAUCUGGCCCAGGCACUUGUCAACCGCGGUGUCAACCUGCAACCCAUUGGCAAAUGGAACAAGGUUGGUCUCCAAAUCUUCGAUACACAGGUCCCCAUUGGUGCUACCCCAGAGUAUCUCGCUGGUCACUACAUCUUGCAAGCUGCUUCUUCCUUCUUACCCGUCAUGGCCCUGGACCCCCAGGAAAAUGAGCGUGUCCUGGAUAUGGCUGCGGCCCCUGGUGGAAAAACAACUUACAUCUCUGCCCUCAUGAAAAACACAGGUUGCGUGUUUGCCAACGAUUCUAACAAGGAGCGUACUAAGGCUCUAGUUGCAAACAUCCACCGUUUGGGCUGCACAAACACCAUUGUCACAAACUAUGAUGCGCGCGAGUUCCCCAGAGUGAUUGGCGGCUUUAACCGUAUUCUUCUUGAUGCUCCUUGCUCCGGUACCGGUGUCAUUUCUAAGGACCCUCAAGUCAAGACCUCGCGUACAGAGCUCGACUUUAUCCAACUCCCCUAUCUCCAAAAACAACUGCUUCUUUCGGCCAUUGACUCAGUCGAUGCUAGCGGACCCGAGGGCAGCGCUGUGAUUGUAUACUCCACCUGUAGUGUCAUGGUGGAUGAGAAUGAGAGCGUUGUUGACUAUGCUCUUCGCAAACGUCCCAAUGUCAAGCUUGUUGAUACUGGUCUUGAGAUUGGUAAGGAAGGUUUCACCUCUUUCCGCGGCAAGAAGUUCCAUCCAUCUGUUUCGCUGACGCGCAGAUACUAUCCUCACACUUACAACGUCGACGGGUUCUACGUCGCCAAGUUUGUCAAGACCGGAGCCAGUGUUCACGAUAAGUCCAAGGCUGGUGCCAAGGAGAAGGAAGAUGCUGCUCGUGCCGAAGCUGCUGAGGAGGGCCACAUUAUCCACAAUGACUUUGCCGUGUUCAAUGAUGAUGCGGAUAAGCAAUACAUUGACAAGGCUCGUAGGGAUAGACUUAAAAAGAAGGGCAUGGAUCCUAAGUUUGAUCCUAAGAAGGCCAAGGAAGCCAGUAACAAGGAGGCUCCUAAGAAGGCUGAGAAGGAGGAAGCUCCUAAGAAGACCAAGAAGGAAGAGGCACCCAAGCCUGAAAAGGUGGAAAAGAAGGAAAAGAAGGAGCCCAAAGUGGAGAAGCAGGAAGCUCCCAAGGCCAAAGCCAAAACUACCAAAAAGUCCAAGAAAUAA